CGACUGCAAGCGCCGCCACCUGAGGAGCCCUGUAGCCGGAGCAGCGGCAAGCUCCUCCCAGUUGUCGCGAGACUGGCCAGCCUCGCGAGACCUGUCCUCGUCCCUGACGGCGGGAGCUCGCUCCCGGCACUAUGGGGGGGCUCUGGCGUCCGGCAUGGAGGCGCGUUGUUUUCUGUGGCUGGCGCUGGAGCCACCCUGGGUCCCCGACCAGGGUUGCCGAGAGGGUAGGGCCGUGUCUCAGGCCGGGAAGGAGUGGGACAGGAAGUGCUGAAAGGGGGCAGAGGCGGCUUGGGACAUGGAGGUGCCCGAACCCUGGCCGGGAGUUGGCCCUGCAGCCGCCAAGGCGGCCGAAGAGCACGAACCCUUUCACACGCGCCCAGGAGGAAGACUGGCGGCGUCGGAACAAGACGGUCCUCACGUACGUGGCCGCGGCCGCCGUGGGCAUGCUGGGGGCGUCCUACGCCGCCGUGCCCCUUUAUCGGCUUUAUUGCCAGACUACUGGUCUUGGAGGAUCAGCAGUAGCAGGUCAUGCAUCAGACCAGAUUGAAAACAUGGUGCCUGUUAAGGAUCGAAUUAUUAAAGUCACCUUUAAUGCAGAUGUGCAUGCAAGUCUCCAGUGGAACUUUAGACCGCAGCAAACAGAAAUAUAUGUAGUGCCAGGAGAGACUGCACUGGCGUUUUAUAAAGCUAAGAAUCCUACAGACAAACCAGUAAUUGGAAUUUCUACGUACAAUGUCGUACCAUUUGAAGCUGGACAGUAUUUCAAUAAAAUACAGUGCUUCUGUUUUGAGGAACAAAGGCUUAAUCCACAAGAGGAAGUAGAUAUGCCAGUGUUUUUCUACAUUGAUCCUGAAUUUGCUGAAGAUCCAAGAAUGGUGAAUGUUGAUCUCAUAACUCUUUCUUAUACUUUUUUUGAAGCAAAGGAGGGGCAGCAGCUGCCGGUUCCAGGCUAUAAUUGAAGUCAGCACCUAAGUCUUGCUUCAGAUUUGUGAUUUUUGAAAAAUCAUGUAUCUGUAUCUUGUCUUCUCAGGGGAGAAGUAUUCUACAGUAAUGUGAAGCUAUUUUAAAUAUUUAAUGCUGUUUUUUUUUCCCAAUUUACCCUACUUAAAAUUGAACGGUUUCUGUCAUAAGGAAUCCACAUGCCUAUUUAGAACGUAUGACUGUUCAAAACCAUAGAGUAAUAUAAGUAAUAUUAAAAGUAAUAUUGAUAAGUAAUAAUAAAAGAAACUGCUGUUUCUUAAAUAUGUAGGCAUGGACUUGAUGGUUCAGUUUAAUUCUGUUUGCUCCCCUUACAGAUUACUAGCCCUUCAUACUUGUAGCAGUGAGUAUUUUUAUUAUUCCCAGGGUUAUCUGUUUUAGGCUCCAGGUCAUAACUUCUGCCCAUUUUUAUUAUUUCUAAAAUAGUUGCUUACUACUUUCUUUUACUGUGGAUAGUCACUACUUUAAAAGCUCAAAAUGGAAGAAGAAUCACUUAACCCUAACAGCUUGCCCAGAGAUUACAUUCUGACUUCAGAUUUGAGUAUUUUUCCUUUAGGCUCUAGGGCUAUUUUAUAUUCUGAAAUUUUGGCAUCAUGAAAAUGAAAUAAAAUGCACAAAUGUUUACUAGGGUUAUAGCAUUUCCUAUGAUAGUUCAAGUCCCUGAAUGUUAAAAUAUAAGUGUGGAAUUGUGAAGACUCACAUCAGAAGUUCUAUGAACGAACUCUGUUAAAAAAAAAAAAAAAAAAGUAUUGUUUUAAUAGUAAUUUGUCAUUGUAAUUUAU